AUGCCGUCUUUAACUAUGCCUAUCACUAAUAAUAUUAAAAUGAAGAAUUCCUGUACACGAAUCGUAACACAAAAUAUACCUACUUCUCCAUCAACAGGAAUAAUAGAAGCAGAAUUAAAGAUGCCAUUCAAAGUUCGCAUCUCAAAAUUUCGUCAUGUAUUUGGUACACCUUAUCGUGAACAAGAUUGUUAUAAAAAUAUAGCUAUAACACGUAAUGCCCAUGAUGGAAGUUUUUGUGCUGUUAAUUCAAAAUUUUUAGCAAUUGUAACUGAAACAAGUGGUGGUGGAAGUUUUCUUGUUUUACUUCUAUCUGAAGUUGGUCGUGUCGAUGUUGAUCAUCCACGUAUAACUGGUCAUCGUGGUCCAGUAGUUGAUCUUAAAUUUAAUCCAUUUAAUGAUAAUGAAAUAGCAUCAUGUUCAGAUGAUGGAACAGUUAAAGUUUGGUAUAUACCAAAUGAAGGUUUAAAAUCUGAUACAUAUCAAUGGAAAGUUGAUUUACAUGGACAUCAAAGACGUGUAGAUUAUAUUGAAUGGCAUCCAACAGCACAAAAUCUUAUAUUAAGUGCUGGACUUGAUCAUCAAGUUGUUUUAUGGAAUGUUGAAAAAGCUGAACCAAUACAAGUUUAUCGAUGUCAUCCAGAUGCAAUACAAUCAAUAGCAUGGAAUAGAAAUGGUUCAUUUUUUGCAACAACAUGUAAAGAUAAACAUAUACGUGUUAUUGAACCACGUACUGGUCGAAUUAUUGCGAAAGGAAUAGGUCAUCAAGGACCAAAAACAUCAAAAAUUGUCUUUUUAGGCGAUACAAAUCGUCUUUUAUCUACAGGUUUUGGAAAACAAUUUGAACGACAAAUAGCUAUUUGGAAUUUUAAUGAUUUAUCAAAACCAUUAACAGUUGAAACAAUUGAUUUCAGUGCCGGUGCUCUUAUUCCAUAUUAUGAUCAUGAUACACGUACAGUUUAUUUAGCUGGAAAAGGUGAUGGAAAUAUUCGUUAUUAUGAAGUGAGUGAUCAAGGUGAACCAUAUUUGUAUUUUCUUUCUGAAUAUAAAUCUUCUUCACCACAACGUUGUCUUGGUGUAAUGCCAAAAAUAGGUCUUGAUGUAACACGUAAUGAAAUAAUGCGUUUUUAUAAAUUAUUUGCUACUGGAUCUAUAUGUGAACCUAUUUCUAUGAUUGUCCCACGUAAAGCAGAAGCAUUUCAAUUAGAUAUUUAUCCAGAUACUCCAGGUCCAUAUCCAGCAUUAUCACCGGAAGAAUGGAUGUCUGGUAUUGAUCGUGAUCCAAUACUUGUAUCAAUGAAAGAUCGUGUCGAGGGUACAAAUAUGCCAAAAAUUACAACAUAUCGAACACUUGAUUCAACAACAUCAACACCUGUUCUACCUCAUCGUGGAACACCACAACGUACAAUUCAACCACCAGUUGCAGAAGUUGCACCAACACCUAAACAAAAUCUUAUUGAUCAAUCACUAUCUUCAUCUAUAUCGAUUGAAAAAUUAGCAGCAAAUAUGCAACAACAACAACAACAACAACAACAACAACAGCAACAACAUCAACAUCAACAUCAAUCGAGUUCUAAAGGUUUAAGAAAAAUUGAAUCAUUAAAAAUGCCAGCAACAAGUACAGAAUUUAAUAAUGUUAGUGAUGAAGUUAUUCCUUCUCCACAACCACCGCCACCACCACCAGAGCGUAAAAUUUCUCCAUCUCAACCUGUUGCUGCUAAAUCAAUAACUGUACCGAAUACAUCAUCGAAUCGUAGUCUUUACAAACCGCUUCGUUCUUCAUUUAAACCUUUUCCAUCAGAAAAAAAAAUAAGUCAUACACAAUCUACACCCGAUCUUUCAUCGUUGAUGUCAGACGAUAAAAAUGAUGAUGAUACAUCAUCAUCACUUGAAAAUCUUUCGAAUACGUAUGCAGCAAUGGAUUUAUCUCAACCACGUCCAACUGGUUCAAUUCUUAAACGAAGACCACCACCACCACCACCUCCAGCACCAUCACAAAUUUCUGACGAACCUAUUUAUGUUUCAUCAGUUUCUGUACCAUUACAACAAACUACUCCUCGAUCAGUUCAAUCAAUGAUUCGUGAUCAGAAUUCAAAUACACCAGAGAGGGAUAAGUUUCAAACUAAAAUUAGUCAACAACAACAACAACGACAAUCUCAAUCACCAAUACAUAAUAACAAUCAAAAUCGACGUAAUGUUGAAGUUAAGAAAAAAGUAUGGAGUGUUGAUACACCAGAUCAACAACAACAACAACAACAAUCACCACAACAACAAUCGUUGUAUCAUAAUAAUGCUAAUGGACAUCAUCCAUCUGUUCAACAACAAACAAAUGGAAUUGAUUAUCGUCAAGCAUUUUUAAAACAACAAGAAGAAGUGCAAUCAUUACGUGAACUUAUGUCAUUAAAAGAUAAUCGAAUUCGUUUACUUGAAGAUGAAUUACGUUUAUUAAAAAAUAAAUAUGAACAUAAAGAGAAUGAAUUAAAAAGAUGA